CCUGAGAAUCUUCCCAAUUUGGUACAAUCACUUUCGAAGGAUUUAAGUGAGCCAGUGGAACCAACGCCUGUCACAUCCUGACACUUCUUAUACAAGGGAUGUACAAUAUGCACCUCGUAAAAGCAGGACCAAACAUUCAUUACCUACCAUCCCUCCUCAUCAACUCUAAUUCCCGCCGUCCGUCUUACUUUGCCUUUCAUCAAGUGGUAUCCUAGGAUUUCAUUUAUCUUACUUGUCUCUCCUUUUCAUCGGCGACCCAUACUCUAUUUUCUUUUCCUUCUUGUUCUAUGAAUAGCAAAUUUACUACCUGUUUUUGAUUCGAUGCUGCCCUUUCGCUUAAGUCACCUCCGAUGCUCGAUGUGAGGCCCCGGUCCACCGAGAUUUCACGGCCGUUCGCCUUCCUAGCGCGCUCAUUGCCCAUUGUCGUAGAGUAGAUCAUGUCGGAAUUCCGCUACUCGACUGACAAUUUCGAUGAGCCGGAACCGAUAUCCAACAAGCCAGAGACGAUCUGGGGAAUCGUCAUAUCAUGUAUGAUACUGUCGUGGAUAUGUGUUUCCCUUCGAUUAUACGUACGAUUCAAGAUUGUCCACGCCCCGGGCUGGGAUGACUUAUGCGUAGGACUUUACCUACUCACGAUCACUGCUGGAUCAAUAGCAGUAUGCUUCGCAGUUCCAUGCGGGCUAGGCAAGCACUUUUUACAACUUGAGCCAUGGCAGUCUAAGGGUUUCUUACAAACCUUUUACGUCGCAAACGCGGCAUACGUAACUUCAACGACAUUGAUCAAAGAAGCUCUUCUACUACAGUACCUACGCGUUUUCGAUCAAUCAGUUUUCAUUCGCCGGUUUCUUAUUGCGCUGGUCGUUUUUACGGCGCUCUGGGGAUUUUCAUAUUCCUUUUUAGCUUGGGUUCCAUGCGUGCCCGUCCACGACUUUUGGGCCGGAGGUGGUCCAACUUGUUAUGGAUACGGCUCACAAUACCCCAGAUCAUUUGCUGCUACAUUUGAGAGCCACGCUGCUGUCAAUAUGGUUCUCGAUAUUAUAGUUCUUAUAAUACCCUUACAGUUGCUUCUUAAAGAGGGUUCGACGGCAAAUGCGCGUGUGCGGUUAGCCGCGUUGCUUUCUAUGGGCAUAUUCGUGCUUGUCUUUGCGAUUUGGCGGCUGGUAACUCUUGUUGAGCAUAGAGUAGCGACAAUACCGACAAGAGAUCCAACGUGGUAUGGUCCCAUUAGCAUCGUCCUGGCCGUCUUGGAAGUUGACGCCGCGAGCAUCUGUGCAAGUGUCCCUAUUUUCUGGCCUGUGCUUAGGAACUUGGACUGGGGCAAGAUCUUCGUGACACAAGAAGUAGAUAUCACGAGGGAGACGCGGUACAUGGAAGAUGACGAAGAUCGUUUAACGCAUGGGACCACGCAUAGCAGAGCGGGCAGUGAGACGGACUUGGGGACUGGUAGUGCGAGAGGAUCGAGGAAUAAGGAGACGUACUAUCAAGAUUCGUAUGUUUUAAGCCAGGUGGACCCUUUCCGACCAUCGAUUGAGCGCGUACAUGCGAGUGCGAGGAGCGAUGUGGCGAAGCAUGGUUCGAGAAAAUGGAUGAAGUUAUGAGAUAUGGUUGAUUACAUCUUUAAUAAAAUCAUUGGCUAUGCGUCUCUUUAAUUCUUUUUGCAGGGUUACCCUUCUCUUUCUGUGGGA